AUGGAGGAUGAGGGGGAGAAGGGUCGGGAUAAGAAGUAUUUAGGACAACUCACCUCCAUCCCAGGAUACCUGAACCCUUCCAGCCGCACAGAGAUCCUCCACUUGAUCGACAAUGCAAAGAGGGCUCACCAGCUCCCAGGACAGCUGACCCCAGAGCACGACGCUGUCAUCAGCCUCUCAGCCUACAACAUCAAGCUGGUGUGGAGGGAUGGGGAGGACCUGAUCCUGCGGGUGCCCAUCCAUGACAUCGCCUCCGUGUCCUACAUCCGUGAUGACUCCGCACACCUCGUCGUGCUCAAGACUGCCCAGGACCCUGGGAUUUCCCCCAGCCAGAGCCUGUGUGCCGAGGGCUCCAAGGCACUGACGUCGGGGUCACUGUCGGAGAGCGCGGGGGCACCCCUGGAGGCCUGCUGCCUGGUGGUCCUGGCCACGGAGAGCAAGGUGUGUGCCGAGGAGCUGUGCUCCCUGCUCAGCCAAGUUUUCCAGAUAGUUUACACGGAAUCCACCAUCGACUUCCUGGACCGAGCGAUAUUCGAUGGAGCCUCCACACCCACGCGGCACCUGUCCCUGCACAGCGACGACUCUUCCACCAAAGUGGAGGUGAAGGAGCCCUUCGAGGCAGACACCAGCACUUUUUCCUUUCCAGAGCCUUUGGAUGCAGGAGACACGUCCCCAUCCUCCUUCUCCACCCCUCAGUCCCCCCACGUGAAGACAGUGAGUGAGAGUGAGCUCAGCACCACAGCCACAGAGCUGCUCCAGGACUACAUGAUGACGCUCCGGACGAAGCUGUCCUCGCAGGAGAUCCAGCAGUUCGCCAUGCUGCUGCACGAGUACCGCAACGGAGCCUCCAUCCAUGAGUUCUGCAUCAACCUCAAGCAACUGUAUGGGGACAGCAGGAAAUUCCUGCUCCUGGGGCUGCGUCCCUUCAUCCCAGAGAAGGACAGCCAACACUUCGAGAACUUCCUGGAGACCAUUGGGGUGAAGGAUGGUCGUGGCAUCAUCACCGACAGCUUCGGUCGAUACCGACGCUCGCUCGGAGCUGCUUCCACCUCCAAUGGCACCGGAGCCGCCGGCAGCUCCGAUGAGCAGUCAGUGCCCUCUGAGGAGGACGAGUGGGAUAGGAUGAUCUCCCACAUUAGCAGUGACAUCGAGGCCCUGGGAUGCAGCCUAGAUCGGGAUUCAUCCUGA